UAUGAGCGCCCCCGUCGCCGUCCCCAUCUUCGCUCCUGGCGAGAACUGCAGCCCCGCGUGGGGCGCGGCACCCGCGGCCUACGACGAGGCGGACACGCACCUGCAGAUCCUGGGCAAGCCAGUGAUGGAGCGCUGGGAGACGCCUUACAUGCACGCCCUGGCAGCUGCCGCCGCUUCCAGAGGUGGCCGGGUCCUGGAAGUGGGUUUCGGCAUGGCCAUCGCGGCCUCCAGGAUCCAGGAGGCUCCCAUAGACGAGCACUGGAUCAUCGAGUGCAAUGACGAUGUGUUCCUGCGGCUUCAGGACUGGGCCCUGCAGCAGCCCCACAAGGUCGUCCCCUUGAAAGGCCUGUGGGAAGAGGUGGCACCUACCCUGCCAGAUGGUCACUUUGAUGGGAUCCUGUACGACACUUACCCACUGUCCGAGGACACCUGGCACACUCACCAGUUCAACUUCAUCAAGGGCCACGCCUUUCGCCUGCUGAAGCCAGGGGGCGUCCUUACCUACUGCAACCUCACAUCCUGGGGGGAGCUGAUGAAGACCAAAUAUUCGGACAUCUCUGCCAUGUUCCAGGAGACGCAGGUACCGGCGCUGCUGGAGGCGGGCUUCCGUCGGGAGAACAUGCGCACGGAGGUGAUGGGGCUGAGCCCGCCAGCCGAGUGCCGCUACUAUGCCUUCCCACAGAUGAUUGUGCCCCUCGUGAGCCGGCACUGA